AUGGCUAAGGACUUACCUCCAUCGGUGGAUUUGAGAGAGUUUAUGACACCAGCGGAACAUCAACAGGAGAGCUAUUCCUGUGUUGGCAAUGCACUAGCAGCUGCAUAUGAAUUCUUAAUAAUGAAAAAUACUAAAAAACAUAUCGAUAUUAGUCGCCUGUUUAUUUAUUACAACAGCCGGGAGAAAGAUGGAUAUAGAGAAUACAACAUGUUGGACGCCGGUACUAAGAUUCCAAAUGCUAUUGAAGCAUUAGCUGAGUUUGGUUGUUGUAAAGAAGAACUGUUUCAGUUCAACGCGGCCAAUGUGAACCAGAAGCCACCACCGCUAUGUUAUGCAGAAGCCAAAAACUAUCGGAUAAAGCAAGGCAUGCAGCUGCGAGGAGAGUUAAACGAAUUGAAAGCAUGUCUGGCUGAAGGCUAUCCAUUUGUAUUUGCCUUUCUGAUACAUGAGUCAUUUCAUGAAGCUGCAACGAAUGGUGGACGUGUGCCGAUGCCAAAUUCAGACAAUGAAUCAGAAGAUGAAGCGCAGGGUCUCCAUGCAAUGGUGGCAGCAGGAUACAGCGAUCGAUCGGAGCGUUUCAUUGUUCUAAAUUCAUACGGAGAAGAUUGGGUGAGUGUUUUGGUUGAUUUUCGUUUACAUCCAUCUGCAUUUGAAAUGCGCAUAAACUCCAUAAUUCAUCGCAAAGCUUUUGCAGAUUUUUCAUCGAACAGCAAACAACAAGAAACUCAAAAUUCAUCUGAUUCGAAUACUCAUAAAAAUACUCCAGUUGAUGUUCCGUCAAAUCAUACCGAUGAGUAUUUUGAUGAUGAAUGGUCUAUUGAGAAAGUGCCACCAAACAGUGAUUUAUCAUAUAUUCUUUGGAUGGACAACGACAAGGCAGACAUCGCUCAAAUAACGAAACAUCUGACCAGUGAUCCAAGCGUUCAUGUGAAUUUUCAGGAAACAUUUGAUCUGGCGACAAAGUAUCUAUUGCAACACAUGGAUAAAAUUAAAUCGCUUCCACAAUCAACAAUCUUUCAAAUAAUUUGUCGUGGUUACUAUAAAUCCGAAGAUAAGAAUCCGUUGAAUUUGUUACUAUUCUUGGAUCAUUAUCAAUUGAAAAAUGUUCCGAUCAUUGUUUUCACUCAAGACAAACCAGGUGUACUCAAUUCUUUUGAACGCGAGGCGCCAUCGAUGGGUAUUCAUGAUUGGAAAUAUCGCUUAUAUGUAACGGAUAAUAGUGCGGACUUGAUUACAAAAAUCAACGCUAACGCUAGCAAUAAGUCGGUUAGUCAACGUCAUUGA